UUUACUAAUUUCAAGUUAUAACUCGAAAUUAAAGCUAGCUUCGAGUUACAAGUCGAAAUUAAGACUAGCUUCGAGUUUCAUCUUGAAAUUAAGACUAGAUUCGAGUUACAAGUCAAAAUUAAGACUAGCUUCGAGUUACAACUGGAAAUUAAGGUCAGUUUCGAGUUACAAGUCGAAAUUAAGGCUAGCUUCGAGUUACAACACGAAAUUAAGGUUAAUUUCGAGUUACAACACGAAAUUAAGACUAGCUUAUUACUAAGUAUUUCAACUAAUUACUGUUUGAGGCACAUGACAGUUAAGAAUUAGAGUAGGUGAUUACGUGUCAUCUCUAUCUUCUAAACCGACUUAAGUAGAAUAAUAACUCAAAGUAAGCGAAUUUUGUUAUAUUUCUCUGUGAAUGUGAACCAUGGGUGAAGAAAACUGCUUGGAACAGGUAAGUCAUAUUCUUUACGUAAUUCAUUUGCGUUGUGUAAAAGCAUUCUUUAAAAGUAUUUAAACCAUGGUAAAAGGAUGCAUUCUCAACUCGUCAGUAAAGCUAGUAAUGGCGUGCCUAUAAGUUAUUGCUAAGGGUUGUGCGACAAUUUAAUUUUUUACAGAUGAAUUUGUCUUUGGAAGAGUUCUUAAAGACGAGAGGCUUAUCGAAUGAUGAAAUUGAAAAUAUGAAGUUAGAAAAUAUUGAUGAAGCCACCAUUCAAGUAAUGGACGAGGAGGUAUUUAAGAAAUACAUUCCUCGAUUAGGCGACAGAAUAGCGGUGAAAAACUUUUGCCAGAAGAAGCUAUUACCCAAAAAAAAAUGGCUUAAUUGAAAAGCUACCCCAAAAAAUGGCUGCCAGAAAUGCUAGAAGUGAUAAUAAAGGAGCAUCUUCUCACGUAUUGGAACCGAAGAAGCAUAGAAAGACGACCAGAGCUAUUGAAUUGGGAUUUAUGGCGUUCAAUGAUACCACAAAACAACUAACGCAAGUUAGACUUAACAAAGGGGGAGGCACAAGAAAAGUCGACGUAGAUAGGACAAGCAAAAAUACAGAUAUUUUGGAAUUUGCAAAAAAAUUGUUUUUCCCUAACAAUAUUUCAAAGACUUUUGGGCCUAUUGAAAACUUCACAAUAAGUCUGCUUGAUUUUUGCAAGAGCCCAGUGGAUACCGACUUAACUGUUGAGGAAAUGUACAAUGAAACCAAAGUAAAUAAAUUGCGGUUUUAUUUAUCCGUUGUUAAAUGCAAAGAAGGCGGUAAUGAUCUUCCUCUGGUAGAUGACAGUAGUGAGAAUGAGAUGGUCUUCGAUUUAUGUGAUGACUUUGAAAACGACAUUGUUUCCAACCAACCACCUCAACCCAGUACGGUUGCUUAUAGAGAAGACGAUAUCAAUCAACCUUCAACCAGCAAUAUUUCCGGAUAUUUAGCUUCCUUUAUUGAAGAGGAUCUUGAUUUACCUUUGCAUAACUCGCCGGAUAAUUUCCUCAACACAUUCUCAGCCACAGAUAACAUAUUUGAAGUAACUCAGACCUCGACCGCCAUAGUUGAAAAUAUAUUGUCAAGUGAAAAAUUGGUUUUACAUAGGGGACAAAUAUUUCAGGAACUUAUAGAAGCUACAAAAAAUUACGAUUUACAUUUCAAUAGUCUUCAAAUAGAGGUAAUUCUACCAAACGGAAGGCCAGAACUUGCUGAAGAUGUUGGUGGUGUUUUUCGAGAUGUUUUAUCCGAAUUCUGGACUACAUUUUACGAGAACUGCACUGAAGGUACUGACUAUAAAGUACCUAUUAUACGCCAUGAUUUUGGAAUAAAAGAAUGGGAAGCAGUCGCUAAAAUUUUAGUUGGGGGUUAUAGAAAAGAAAAAUAUUUUCCUAUUAGGAUAGCACCGGUUUUUUUUAAGCAAUGUUUUAAGGAAAUUGUAAAUAAAGUCGAAUUAGUUGAUAACUUCUUAAAUUAUGUUAGCGAAAGUGACAAAAAUGUGUUAAGUAAUGCGCUAAAUGAUUUUCAAAGCGUGGAUCUUGACGACUUAUACAGUGUAUGCACGUUAUUUAAGGCGAAAUGGGUACCAAGUAAAGAAAAUAUACGAAGUUUAAUUGAGCAAAUUGCGGAACAGGAAAUUCUACAGCGUUCUGCCUUUAUUGUGCAAUGUUUUACACAGGAAUUAUUUUCGAUAGCAAGAUCUGUCAAUUUAGAUGAAUUAUAUAAAAGUUUAUCUCCGUCCGUAAAAAAUGUUAUCUCUUGUUUUGAGAAGAAAGUCAAUUCCUCGGACGUAGAAAAUCAGAUGUUCGCUUUCCUUUUAAAAUACAUAAAAGAAAGCGAUGAGAAAACGCGUUGUGCUCUGCUGCGGUUCUGCACUGGCUCCAAUCUUGCCAACCAGAAAAUAAAUGUUGAUUUUAUUGAGUCUGACGGUUUUGCGCGUGUACCAAUUGCACAUACCUGCAACAAGCUGUUGCAACUUCCAAAAUCUUACAAAAGUUUCGUAGAGUUUAGAAGUGAAUUCAAUGCGUUACUUAUAUCUGGUGUAUGGGUAAUGGAUAUAAUAUAGAAAGGUUUCUUAGAAUAAGUUCAAAGUUUUUAUGUUACUAUUUUUUAAGCAUUUGUUUAUGUAAAACACCGUAAACGCGGUGUCAAACGUAUCAUUUUUGGUUUGUUUUUUAGAUUUUGGUUUACCUACAUCAGUGUGUUAUGAUUAUUUUUAUUUUGUAAGUAUUUUCUUUUAAAUCAGUAGGUAUCUACCUAGAUACUUUUAUUAUUUUAUAUGAUGUAGGUGCCUGUGUAGGUGCGAUUACCAUAUUGUAUGUCAAACGUGCAUGCGUUUAAAAUUGACCGCAUUGAAUGUUUAUUAACCCUGCAUGUUUAAAAGUAAACAUAUAAUAAACGAUAAAAUCCUGGUUUCAUUGAUUAAUUAGUUUACACUUUUACAGAGCGAUACCUGAUAUUAUGCAUCUAUUGUCAUGACAUCAGCGGGUAGAGAGACGAUAAAGGGAUAUUUUAUUCUUUUCUUUCCCGAUUAAUGGGAUGCGUGCCAUCUUUAUUCCCUUUAACAUUAUUAACACAAACUCCAAAAUAAUUAGGUCGUCGUCAGAUGACUUUUUUGCAUAGGUAUACAAGCACACUGUUCUAAUUUGGUGCUUUUUCCCGCUCCUAUUUUGUGCAGUCUCAGCGCGAAAAACCUGCCCCUAUCGGUGCAAGAUACCGGAAAGCCGGAAACCUGCUCUGUACCGUUGGAACGAGCCUUAAAGUGCCUUGUCUUCGAGAUUAUUUCGGUUUCGCGGAAUGGGAAGCUGUUGCUAAAAUAAUUGGAAGUGGUUGGAGUGACCGCAAUUAUUUCCCUAUACAUUUAGCACCAGUAUUCAUAAAAAAUUGUUUAAAUCAGUUCGUUACCGACGAUGAAAUACCCAACGAUUUUUAAAAAUUCGAAUCAGAAUCGAGAUCGAAUACACUAGGAAAGGCUUUAACAAACUUCGAUAGUGUCGAAGAAGAAGAAAUAGUAGAUUUUGAGACUGGUUACGAAGAUUAAUUUUAAAUCCAUACUAGUUGGUGUAGCGCAAAAAGAACUACUUCAGACACCAGAGUUUGCAGCUAAGUGCUUCUCCAAAUCAGGUGCGCUAGGGAAAAUAGGCGAUUCGAUAUCCUUGCAUAGUGUAUGUGAACCGACUUCAACAAAUAUAAUAGCAAAACUACAGUUAAGGGAUGAAAUCCUUUCUUCUGAAGAGGAGACAGUUUUUGGGCAUUUAAAAAAGUAUUAAUAAAUUAUUAUAAAAUUAAAUAAUAACAAAAAUUUUCCCCACAUAAAGAUGUUUUACUUCCUUCAUCACAACCAGAGUCUGGUGCCUGGUUAAAUGCUUUACCCUCGGCUUUACCUUGAGU